AUGCAUACAAUAGAUUUGGUUAUUUUAUUUUGUCUUAUUCUUACUUUGGUGGAAAGUUUUCCUUCAUCAACCGAACCACCUUAUUCAGUUUUCGGUAGGCAUAAUAAAGUUCGUCCACGUUUUCGUCGUCGUGAAUUAGUUCAAGAAGAAGUGCGAAAAACAAUGUUAACCUAUAUGACAAGUUUAAAAGGUGAAAUAACAGAUGUUGUACUCGAAGAAAUGAUUGAUUAUUAUAAUAGUCAAACAUCGAAAUUGUAUCGUUUGGAAAAAGAAUUAUCUUCUUUAAAAAAUUCAUCAUUACCAACAUUACAAAAUGGUACAACAAUGAAUGAUUUAAUAGUGCGUCUAUCAAAACAACAACGUUCAUUUGCAUCUAAUAUAUCAUCGAUGGAAUAUAAAAUAAAAAAUCUAACAAAUAUUCUUAAUGAUCUAUUGAAUGAAUUACAAAAGCCUGUACAACAUGUUCGAAGACUUAUUUCAAUAAAAAAGGAUUUCGACGACAAUGAAAUACCAAUAGAUUGUGAUGACAUUUUUCGUCAACAAUCGCCAUUUGUUUCUCAAGGAAUUUAUCGUAUAAAACCUCGAUUAUCGUCUGAAUCAUUUGAUGUACAAUGUAUUUUUGAAAAUAAUACAGGUUGGACUGUUAUACAACGACGAAUGAAUGGUACUAUUGAUUUUUAUCGUGGAUGGGAUGAUUAUAAAAAUGGUUUCGGAGAUUUACGUACGGAAUUCUGGUUGGGAAAUGAAAAGAUUCAUCAAUUGACAAAUCAAGGACAAUAUAUACUUCAUGUGGAUAUAACACCUUGGGAUAGUUCAAUGCGUACAGCUGAGUAUGAAAAAUUUGCGUUAGACAAUGAAAAUGAAAAUUAUAAAUUACAAAUAUCUCAGUAUCAAUCAGCAAUUUCAACAGCCGGCGAUUCACUAUCAUCCCCAUGGGACAACGCUAAUGGAGCAUCGUUUUCAACAUUUGAUCGCGAUCAUGAUAAUUUAUUUUAUGACAAUUGUGCAUUGACUUAUCAUGGUGCAUGGUGGUUUACAAGUUGUUUUCAAUCGCAUCUCAAUGGUGCCUAUGUUCGAUCGCCACUUGCUCUACAAAAUACAGCACGAAAUGGUUUACAUUGGAAUACAUAUGCUUUGUAUCAUUCGAUGAAAGAAUCAACAAUACGUAUUCGACGUAAACAUACAUCUGAAACAAGUGAAGCUUUAACAAUUUAA